GCGCUCUCUUUCCCACAUGACGACUCGCCCAGCGAUGUGAACUUAGGCAGGCAGUCGAGUUAAACAGCCGAUUAUUUUAUCUUUCUUCCCCCCGGGCCACAUACCUUAGGCGCGCUAGCGCUGGUUCGCUUCCCCCCCACUCGCGGGUGAUCGACUCGCGGGUGAUCGAUCCAACGCGCAGCAAACCUUCAACGUCGGGCCAUUCUGGAGGGGGGGAUUUCCAUCGGUUGUGCUACAUACCAUACAGGGCUCACAGGGCUGGGGAUAUUGAGACCUCCUGGCUGGCGCUUUCCUCUGUGUGCCGUUCCGCAACCGAGCCGACGACGCUGCUCAACCGGACCGAGUACAUCAUGAACCGAAUCAGGGCCUUUUUUGCGCCGCCAAAGGCCAGCGCCAGCGAGUAUGAGCCGCUGGCCGACGACGAGUCGGGAACGCUCCGGGGGUCGACGGGCGAAGAGGCCGCGCCGUUCUCGUGGGUGGAAUACUGCAUCUUUGCUUUGAUCGGGGUCGCCAUGCUCUGGGCGUGGAACAUGUUCCUCGCGGCUGCUCCUUACUUCCAGACGCGCUUCCAGUCCGACCCCUGGAUCUACGCCAACUCGCAGUCGGCCAUCCUCACAACCUCGACCGUCGUCAACCUGGGUGCCAUGCUCGUCCUCACGAGUAUGCAGUCCUCGGCGAACUACCCUUUCCGGAUCAACACGGCCCUGGUCAUGAACGCGGCCGUCUUCGCCAUGCUGACCAUCUCCACCUUCUCCUUCCUCGACGUCGCGCCAACACUCUACCUCGCCUUCCUCCUACUGAUGGUCGCCCUCGCGGCAGUGGCAGCCGGGCUGAUGCAGAACGGCGCCUUCUCCUUCGCCGCAAGCUUCGGCCGCCCCGAGUACACACAAGCCAUCAUGGCCGGCCAGGGCGUCGCCGGCAUCCUCCCGCCCUUGACCCAGAUGCUCUCCUUUCUCGCCUUCUCCGAUUCCCCGUCCGUCGACGGUCCCGGGCCCGGCAAGCCGAGAAGCGGCCACGACUCGACCCGGGACGAGGGCGGUACAGCCGCCUUUAUCUAUUUCCUCACUGCCGUCCUGAUGUCGGUCCUCACCCUGGCGGCCUUCGUUCCGCUCGUGCGCCGCCACAGCCGCCUCCUCGAGGACCGCGCCGUCCUCUCCUCCACCGCCGUCCUCGGCGAGGAUGCGUCCGCCGGCCGCCGCCUGCACCAAAUCACGAACAACAAUGUCCGUGGCGACAACGGCAAUCCACCCCACCGCUACGUCCCCCUCACGACCCUCAUUUGCAAGCUUGGCUGGCUUGCCGGCGCCGUCGCCAUGUGCUUCAUCGUGACCAUGUUCUUCCCCGUCUUCACGGCCAAGAUCCUCUCGGUGCACGACGGCAACAGGGGCGGCGGCGACGACGACGACGACGACGGAACCCCGACCGCCCCGCUCUUCCGCCCGGGCGCCUUCAUCCCCCUCGCCUUCUUCUUCUGGAACCUGGGCGACCUGGCCGGGCGGGUGUCGACCAUGGCGCCGGCGCUCUCCUUCGGCCUGCGCCGCCGCCCCGCCGUCCUCUUCGCCCUCAGCCUGGCCCGCUGGGGGUUCCUGCCGCUCUACCUGCUGUGCAACCUGCACGGCGACGGCGCCGCCGUGCCCAGCGACCUCUUCUACCUCGUCAUCGUCCAGUUCUCCUUCGGCAUCACUAACGGCUGGCUGGGCUCCACCGCCAUGAUGGCGGCCGCCGAGUGGGUCGCCGAGGACGAGCGCGCCGCCGCCGGCGGCUUCAUGAGCAUGUGCCUCGUCGGCGGCCUGGCCGUCGGCAGCGUGCUGAGCUUCACCGCGGCCGGCGUGUGAUUUUUGAAAAUUGUUUUGGGAGGGGAAUGAGAAUCUAGCGGGAUAGAUGGCGUUUCCGGGACGGAUAUGGGAGGGAGGGUUUGUUUUUGAUUUUUUUUUUUUUUUUUUUUUGGUUGAUCUCU